GGUAGGAAAAAGAAAACUAAAAAAAAAGAAAAAGCGUCAGCUUUAUAAGUCUUAAAGUCCACCUCCCACAUCCCUCUUGGACUAGACUUGAAGACAGAUUGAAUAGGAGGCCCUGAAACUUAUGAAUGAAGUUCAAGAACAUCUGGACGAAGAAGAGAAGCUGUGCCAGGCCUCUUCGGCAGAUGCCUGGGACAAAUGCAGUUCUUGCCUGCAAAGUAAAUGCAUGAGGUUUUAUACAAGCUGCCAACCUCGUUGGUCCUCUAUGAAAAAUACGAUGGAACAGUAUUUCAGAAAGAUAUACCAAUUUUUGUUUCCUUUCCAUGAAGAUAGUGAAAAAGAUCUCCUUGUCAGUGAAAAGCUCGCUGAAGAAGAUGCACAACUGACUCAAAUGGAGGAUGUAUUCAGCCAGUUGACUAUGGAUGUGAAAUCUCUCUUUAACAGGAGUUUUAAUGUCUUCAAACAGAUGCAGCAAGAAUUUGAUCAAAAUUUUCAGUUAUAUUUCAUGUCAGAUACAGACUUAACAGAACCUUACUUUUUUCCAGCUUCAUCCAAAGAGCCAACAAAAAAAAUAGAUUUUGUGCAAAGCUGGGACAUUCCCAACUUUUUCCAGCUGUUUUGCAAUUUCAGUCUGUCUGUAUAUGAAAGUGUCAGUGAAACAAUUACUGAGACGCUAAAUGCAAUCAAGGAUUUACCAAAAGAAGACAAAGACCCGAAUCACGGAAGCCUGAUUUCAAAGAUCUUACCUGUAUGGGACAAAGAACUGUGUGGAGAACUUGGCCAGAAUAGGUCAGAAUGUUUUGAAUUUCAUGAAAAAUGCCAAAAAUGUCAGGAUUACCUAUCUGAAGACUGUCCUGAGGUACCUCAGCUACACACAGAAUUAGAUGAGGCUCUUCAAUUGGUCAACAUAUCCAACCAGCAAUAUGCCCAAGUUCUCCAGAUGACCCAGCGUCACUUGGAGGACACCACAUAUCUAAUGGAGCAGAUGAGAGAGAAAUUUGGCUGGGUGUCUGAACUGGUAAACCAGACAUCAGGAAUGGAGGACAUCUUCAAUUCAAUGAAGGUAGUUCCAAGUGUUCAGGAAGGAAAUGUUUCAAAACAAGAUGAAACAAUGGUCAACUUAAGCAUUCUGCCUUUUUCUAAUUUCACCUUCAAGAUCCCUCUUGAAGAAGGUUCUGGGAGUUCUAAUUUCAUUGACUACAUGGUGGCAAAAGUUCAACAGCAUUUUAAGGAACAUUUUAAAGCUUGGUAA